AUGUCAGAUCUAGGCACGGAUAAUGCUUCUGGACAUAGUUUGGUUGCCGGUGGUAAGAAAAGAAAGAGAAAGAGAUCUAACAAAUCAAAAAAUAUCGAUGAAAGGAGUCAAUUUAGAGAGAAGGAGCCAGAGAUCGAGCUACAAGGAACGUUAGAAAUGCUGAAGAAAAGUAAACAGAAGGAUGCUUUCGAUGAUGAUAAGAUAAAACAACAACUUAACGGCAGUGUGAAAGGGAAGCUGAGUGAAUGGAAACAAAUUCAGUUGCAGAAGGACCCCCCCAAAUCAGCGAGUCAGCCUAGAGUGUCUGAAUUCUAUAGCAGAGAGGGCGACUAUGAGGAUCAGGAGGAGACAUAUCACAAGGCGAACGGUUUUACGAAAGCACAACUCGCUAAAAGAGCUCAAGAACUUCUUGCAAUACGAAAGAGCCUUCCCAUUUAUCAGCAUCGGGAUGAAAUCGUGAAUUACAUCAAGCGGAAUCAAGUGACAGUAAUAUUGGGUGAAACAGGUUCAGGAAAGUCCACGCAGAUACCACAAUUUCUAGUACCCUUUAACAAGCAAGUUGCAAUAUCUCAACCACGUAGGGUGGCAGCAGCAUCUUUGGCUACCAGAGUAAGUGAAGAAUAUGGAUGCCAAGUAGGCCAAGAGGUUGGUUAUCAGGUUAGAUUUUCCAACUUCACCCAUCCCCUGAAAACGAAGUUAAAGUAUUUGACUGACGGUAUGCUUUUGAGAGAAAUCAUGAUUGACCCUUUGUUGAAAAAAUAUUCCACCGUGAUUAUAGAUGAGGCCCAUGAAAGAACAAUCUUGACAGAUUUAAUAUUGGGCUUUUUAAAGGAAUUAAUAAAAUCUAAAAAGAGGCAGGAUUUAAAGGUUGUCGUAAUGUCGGCUACUUUAAAUGCACAGCUCUUUAGUAAGUUCUUUGAUGAUGCUCCAAUUUUAUAUAUCGAAGGUAGAACGUAUCCAGUAUCCAAGUUCUAUUUGGAAGAUCAGUGCGAUGACAUUAUUGACACUAUGAUAAGGAGUAUUGUACAGAUCAAUAUGGGAGAAUCUGAAGGAGAUAUUUUGUGUUUUCUUCCAGGACAAGAUGAGAUUGAUAAUUGCGUAAGAACAUUGGAGCAAAUUGCUCCACUGCUUCCCAAGGAAGCACCUUUUAUUGUACCUUUACCACUAUACGCUGCUCUUUCACCUUCUCAACAGGCAAAGAUAUUUCAAAAGCUCCCUGGAAGAAAAAGAAAGGUAAUUUUAGCUACCAACAUUGCAGAAACAUCAAUUACCGUCAGUGGAGUCAAGUAUGUCAUAGAUUCGGGACUUAGAAAAGUUAAAGUAUGGAAGCAUCAACUUGGGUUAUCGACCUUGCUAACAACUCCAAUCUCUCAAGCAUCUGCUAAACAGCGUGCUGGUAGAGCUGGUAGAGAGAGUCAUGGAAAGGCGUUCAGAUUGUAUCUGGAGAAAGUUUAUAGCAACAACCUUCCAAAGCAGCAAGAAUCUGAAAUCAUGAGGAACGAUAUAAUACUACCAAUUCUAACGUUGAAAAAAAUCGGAGUCACUGAUUUAUUGAACUGGUCCUGGUUAGAGAAUCCAGGUCAAGAAGCAAUAUUGGGUGCCCUUAACACUCUUUAUUCUUUAGGAGCUCUCAAUGAUUCUGGAAAAAUCACUUCUCUAGGAUCUAAGAUGGCUAUAUUACCUCUCUUACCUCAACUAUCGGCAAGUUUGUUGACAGCUUUUGAGUCAAGAGUCAUUGCACCAGUCAUUGAUAUAGUGGCAUGUCUCUCGGUGGAUAAUUUGAUCCUAAAUGUCCACGACAGAAAUGGAGAAUUGAGAGACGAAAUAAACAUCAAGAGACGCCAGUACUGUCCUUUAGGGUGUCACCACGGAGACUUGAUUGCACUAAUGGAAUACUACAACUGCUAUUUGGAUCUUUCAGAAAAAGGAUCUGCGGCUGCAAAGUCUUGGUGCGAGGAGCUUUACUUCAGCUAUAAAGGAUUCAAGAACGUUAGUAAAGUAAGGGCACAGCUUCGCGAUUAUAUGAUUGCAACCAUCAAACAGGACAACGACUUGAGUGCUCUAGAGAAAGAAUCGGACCUCAGGAAUUUAAAAGCUCAAUUUAAUAACAGUAUGGAGACUGAAGGGGAGUUGCAGUUACCCUUGGAAAUUCCUUCGAUAUUGAAAUCAUUUCUUAAAGGAUACAUUACAAAUACUGCAAUUGGAAUGCCAGAUAGAUCUUACAGAACAUUAACUACAGGGCAACUAAUCAGCAUACAUCCUUCAUCUAAUCUUUUUGGGAAGGUCAACCUUGAUGUAAUUAUGUACAUGGAAUACGUGUAUACAACUAAGGCCUAUGGACGAACCUGUUCAUUGAUUGAAGCUUCAUGGCUUCAAGAAGUCGCCCCUCAUAUACUCGGGACAGCAAAGGUCAAUGCCAACGAUUGA